CUCGCCGCUGCCGCCGCCGCUCGCCGUCGGUCGCCGGUCGGCAGUCAUGGCCGAGUGCGUGACGCUGCUGCCGGACGUGGUGGCCCAGUACAACGCCACCGUGUGCGGCAGCGCCGAGCAGGGCGACGAACCCCAGUUCCCUGUCUACGUGCGCGUGCUGGUGACGCUCACGUGCUCCGUGAUCCUGACUGUCGGCAUCGUCGGCAACGUGCUGGUGCCGCUGGUGAUCUGGCGGAACCGCGAGCUGCGCAACUCGACAAACUUUUUCCUGCUGAACCUGAGCCUGGCCGACCUGUGCGUGCUGCUGCUGUGCAUGCCGCAGGUGCUGGUGGAGGUGCACACCCGUCCGGAGGUCUGGGUGCUCGGCAAAACGAUCUUGGCGUCACGCGGCAUCGGUCUGCCGGCGGCCACCGCGGCGGCAGCGGCAGCGGCAGCGCGUGCCGCGACCUUCCGCCGGGCGUCAGUGGCCGGCCGGUACCGGCGGCCCGCUCUCCGGCCGGCCGGUACCGGCGCGGCGGCCCGCACUCAGGCCGGUACCGGCGGCCCGCGCUCCGGCCGGUACCGGCGGCCCGCUCUCCGGCCGGCCGGUACCGGCGCGGCGGCCCGCGCUCAGGCCGGUACCGGCGGCCCGCGCUCCGGCCCGCGGAGGGUGGCCCGCACUCCGGCCGGUACCGGCGGCCCGCGCUCCGGCCGGCCCGCGGAGGGCGGCCCGCACUCCGGCCGGUACCGGCGGCCCGCGCUCCGGCCGGUACCGGCGGCCCGCGCUCCGGCCGGCCCGCAGAGUGCGGCAGAGCGCUGCGCCCCAGACACAUGGCCCGGAGAUCCCUCGCCAG